CUGCACAUGCGCGUGAUGUUUUACUACGGGUGCCUACAGUGCUGUGCGUUUCAACAACAACAACUUUCGGACUCUACCCCUCUGACACAUAUGUUCAGUGUACGGACAUCACUGCUACGAGUACAUUUUGGGUAGAACUGGACUUCUGCGGUCCGGUAGUCGAGUUACAGUCUCAACACGACAACUCAGAUAAGGUAUCGAGUGAGUCCAUCCUCUCAAGCUGUAAACAAGUCGAGUAUGAGCUGACCAUGGAGGAUGUGGGACUAGUUUGAGCAAUACUAGCACAGAACUUUCUACAAUGGGGAGUCAGAGGAACGGUUUUAAGAAGGAAAGUUUCAUUUUGUCGGUGGACUUCGGGACAACAUCAAUCAGGUGUCAUGUUUAUGACAAGGAGGCAGAAAUCCGAGGAUCAUGCACCACCAUGAUUUUGGUUCUGAUUCAGAUUGUUCCCUCGUACCCAGAGGUAGGAUAUGUGGAAAUGGACCCAGAUGCACUAUGGGAAGGAUUUAUCACUGUGGUCAAGGGAGCUGUGCAAGAUGCAGGAGUACAAAUGUGUCAGAUAAACUCCCUGGGCAUCGCUACUCAACGAGGCACCUUCACAACAUGGGACAGGAGAACUGGGACUCCUUUCCAUAACUUCAUCAGCUGGCAGGAUCGGAGAUCUGCAGAAUUGGUCAAGUCCUGGAACACAUCCUGCACAAUGACAGCAAUCCAUGGCGUGAUGAAGGUGCUCUACUUCCUGACCGGGCAGAAGCGGAUGCUAGCAGCGAGUCUUAUCGUCUUCACCACUCAACAUGUCACCUUCCGCCUCGUCUGGGUCCUAACACACUACAAGCAGGUUUGUCAAGCGGUAGCUGAAGGCAACUGCUGCUUUGGAACAAUCGACACCUGGCUGCUGUUCAAACUCACGAAAGGGCAGGUCCAUGCCACAGAUUACUCUAAUGCCAGUUCAACAGGAUUCUUCGACUCCUAUCAGAUGUGUUGGAGUGGAUUUCUCAGCCAUCUUGUUUCUGUGCCUCUCUCUAUUUUCCCCAAAGUAGAAAAUACUGACCAUUACUUUGGAUCCACAGACCCGUCCUUCUUCGGAGUGUCCAUUCCAAUCAUGUCAGUGAUGGCCGACCAGCAGGCAGCCAUGUUUGGAGAGUGCUGCUUUGAAGUUGGUGAUGUCAAGAUCACCAUGGGAACCGGCACCUUCAUGGACAUCCACACUGGAAGCAAACCUCACACGUCCUCAGCAGGUCUGUAUCCUCUGGUGGGUUGGAAGAUUGGCUCAGAGCUGGUGUAUCUGGCAGAGGGCAGUUCAGCAGACACGGGCACCGCCAUCCAAUGGGCUCAGGAUCUGGAUCUCUUCUCUGACGUCCAGCAGACCAGCGACAUGGCUUACAGUGUCAGCGACUCGGAUGGAGUGUGUUUUGUUCCUUCCUUCAGUGGCCUGCAGGCUCCUCUGAAUGAUCCCACGGCGUGCGCCUCCCUCAUGGGCCUCAAACCUUCUACCACUAAAAGUCAUCUGGUGCGUGCCAUUCUGGAGUCUGUCGCCUUCAGAAGCAAGCAGCUAUAUGAGAUCAUGCUGAGAGAAACUCACAUUCCCAUCACAAAGAUCAGGGUGGACGGCGGUGUUUCCUCCAACGACUUCGUCAUGCAGCUGACUGCAGAUCUGUUUGGCAGAAAGUUAGCCAGACCCCAGCGCUAUGAAAUGUCGUGUUUAGGGGCUGCUUUUGUCGCUGGACUUGGAGUGGGCUUCUGGAGGAGCAGAGAAGAGCUGAAGAAGCUGCAGAGAACGGACGAUGAGUUCUUGCCCCAAUGGGCACCCAAGGGCGGUGGAUGCAGCCCGAGUCGGAAAUACAUCUCUGUCCUCCAGAGCUGGGAGAGGGCUCUCAAGCGAUCCAUGAAUUGGUACAAACCUUGACACCGGGUGCACACAGAAGGAGACCAAGUAGGAAGAUAGAGACAUGAUAUUUUAGUCCCCAUAAAAGCAAACAAAAUAACACUUUUAAGACACAGCAACCAUCAGCUGUUUCUCAAUCUAAUUAAGGGUAGAGGCCUUCACGCAGCGGGGGCGCAAUGAAUAAAUGAUAGAGACUACUUGCCUGCUAAUAUUAAUUGUCUGGUGCUUUUAUUGUGAAAGAUAAGAUGUUGUUUUAUAAAUGCACUCAACCUAUUCCGCAUAACGGGAUUGCUUGAUGCCAUUACUCUGACAAAUGUACCUCAUUGCAAAAUAUAUUUUGUCUCUUUUUUGCUGAGUAAUAUUCAUUCUGUGUAAAAGUGUUCGUGACAAAAACAACAGAUGUGCAAAGAAAACCCUGGGAGUGUAAAGGCCUCUACUCUUGAAUGAUGCAAAGAAAUGUUUUGGUGAUGGUGACUUGCUGUUCUGCACAACCUUUAACAGCAGACACUUCCCAGUGUUUCCAGGGAGAUGACUGCCUUCUUUCCUACUGUAAAAUGAAGCAAAUCUAAAGGUCAUCCUCUCUGACGUAAUUGUGCAGCACUGAUCUCUGUGGUUGACAGCAGGAUUGUGGGAAAGGUCUGAUGUGGGCCACGGCGCUGUCAGACACCUUCACAGCCUUUAACUGUCCAAACGUUUACUAAACCUUUUUACUGCAUUUCUUCUUCACACCACAACAACCUUAUCCUCUUAUUCAUUCCUCAUCUCAAGCCACUGGUGCCUCUUCAUAUUGCAGUAUUUUAUACAGCUGGGAUAAUAUGUGUACAUGUUCCCACAUGGGGGCGCUGGUGACUGGCUUUACAGCUUUUUAAUUCCUCCACCGCCAUAGCAACAACAUGCCACAUGAUGAUGAUGAUGAUGAUGAAAGAUUGAAAUCAUUGAUUUCACAUGAUCCUCUGAGGGGGAAAUAAAAAACUGACCCUUGUGUUUGGUAAUUGCCUUUUUAACAAACCUGUUUCUUCCUAACGUAGCAGCCUUUACUCAGAGCUGCAAAGGUCAUAGUUCAUUCGUUUGAGUCAUUUCUGCUAGGAAAGAAGAAGUGAAGAUUCCAGCGUCUUAAACACGAGUAUUUCCUGGUUUCUUUGCUCCUCUAUGACAGUAAACUAUCUUUCAGUUGUGGACAAAACAAGAUUUUUGACAUCUUGGGCUUUGGGAAACACAUUUUCCACCAUUUUCAAGAGAUUAAUCGACAAUGAAAAUACUUGUGCUGCUUUGUCUUGUAAAGAAAUGUUAAUCCUGUAGAGAAAAGAUCCACAUGUUGCCUUUUGGAAAUCAGGAGCAGCUUCACUUUAAUCAUCCUCUAUUCUAGCUGCAAGCUUUACACAGUACUUGAACUUAUCUUCAAACUGCAAACAAUUAUUCAUGUGAAGAUGAUGUUGUUGAAAUAUGACCUCUUUGAUGCAACUCGCAUCUCCAUUGGAAGUGUUGUAUGUCGGCUCACACAUUAAUCCCAAAUUCAGGAGCAUGCUCUGUUGUUUAGGAACAAAUUGAUCUGGGAUCUCAACAUUAACUGAGUGGCAUAAAACACAAUUAGGAUGCAUACAAAUGUGUAUUUCUUGUCAGUCAUUGUUUUGUAGUCAUUGUUUCAGGUAUUAGUUUGUGUUUAAUGUUGCAUUGCUCCACGGGGAACAGCCAUGAUGUCAUGAUAAUGUUUUGACUCAAGUCUUUAACUUGAUGAACUCUGAUGACAAAGUUACACAUUCUAGUUGUGUUAUUAUAAAAAUGCUAACUAAUUACUUAAAUGUAAACUGAAUCUUAUUCUUGGUGUAUUCUACUUGCUGGGUAUUGUUAAAUGUGUUUGCCUUUCCCAAUAAUGUAAUAUUGUUGUGUGAUUCAAGUGAUACUAUGCACAAUGCAAAAAUGAACACCUCAGAUCGAAAGGACAUUGCUCACACUUCCUUUAGUUCUUAAAUGGCACAUGUCAUCCCAAGCUGCUGGUGAAUAACAAAUGGUACAUUUGUAUGAUCAUGAAUUUUGUUACUGAAAUUGAAGUACUUUGUAGUAUUAAACAUUUUUAAAUGAUGA